AUGAACACCAACGAAGAUGAUCUUUUCGCGACGACGAUACCGUUGGCGGUCUGUCUCCCCGCCGCUCGAACAACACGAACAAGAACAACGUUUGAGAAGUCUAACGAUACGAAAAAGAGUGCGAAAGACGAAGAAAACGACGACGAAACAGUAUUCAGCGCUUCUUCUGCGAAUGAGACGAUUUUAUGCGCGUUAGAACAGGUCUCAAAAAUCUCGGACAAAAUGUGCGAAGACUUGGAACGAGAGAUGGAUGGUGUGCUCCUAAAACUGCUCGAGAUGGACGAGCGAGUGCAAAAAUGCGAGAAGAAAGUCAAGAACGCACAAAGGAUAAAAGAGGAUUCACUUUUGUUAGUGGUGGAGUCUUCGAGGGAGUACCCUUUUGGAGUGGUGGAGAAGAGUGGGAGGAAAAGCGGCGGCGGGAUGUCUUGGUGUCGGUACGACGAUACGGUGCGGGAAGCGCUCCGCAAAGCGAAUGAAAAGAGACCGAAGAGGAGGGCGUUUAAAGAUUUGGAGAGGAUGGCACAGGAGGCGAGACGGUACGGGGACAGAGCGAGGGCGUUGGCGAGGUCUUUGAUGAAAGGUGGUGAUGGGGGAGGGAGAAAUGAAUUCGUUGUCGACGCGAAGCGCAUCCUCCGUCGCAGAGGGUCCUUGGCGGACGUGGUUCCGGCAAAGACGGCGUUCUACGAUUGCGAAGCGUUGCGUUUUGGAGGUAAAGGGAAAGGCGGCGAAGGAGACGUUUUAGAAGAAGAAAAAGAAAAAGAAGAAGAAGAAGUCUGGAAGGACGGUAACGAGGCGGAAGAAUUGAGCGAUGGUUUUGCGAAAAAACUUUUUCUCUCUUCGCCGCCGCCGAAAUCAAUCGCAAUUCCGGAGGAAUUCGUUCGAAGCGCACGCACGCGGGAUGCCGAUGUAAACAACGCGAGCACUUCUGCCGCCGGUGACGAAGAGAGCGUCAGCGCGAAGAAGUCGUUGGAAAGCGUGUUCAGUUUUCGUCCGAAGGCUUCAGAUGCGCCCGUUGUGGUCUUUCCUGGAACGUUACCGUCGCCCGGACCAUCCGCGUCAAAGAAGGAUACCGGGGAGAAAAGUAAAGAAGGCGACGGCGGAACUGAUUUGUACGAGUUUACGCUCACGUCCGAGAAUCCGUACAGUCCGAGCGCGUUUUUACGAAAUCCACCGACGAGGGCGACGAGGAAUGCGCAACCGCCGAAAAAAAAGAAAGGAGGAGGGAGUGCCUCUGCAUUGACGAGUCAAAAACGUAGCGUUGGAACGAGUAGCAAUAGCAGUAACGACAACGUCAACAGGCCGGCGCCGGCGUCCGUGCCUGCGCCUCCGCCGCCACCGCCACCCUCGAAUACCUCGAGGCAAAAAAUGCCUUCGCUUGCCGCAGGCGACGAUGGACGCGGCGCGCUCAUGGAAGCUAUAAGAAGAGGUGCGAAUUUAAGAAAAGUUAGUGUUUUCACGGAUCAGGAUAAAAAGCCUCGAAAGUCGACCGCGACGAGUGAUACCGACGACAAAACCAAAACAGGCGCAGGGGGGAGGACAAAAAAAACUGCCGCGGACGCAUCGAGAGGCGGCGCUCAAAUGAGCAUGAUGGAAGAACUGGCGAGUCAGUUGCAACGACGACGGUCGACCGUGGUUUCGUCGCAAAAAGACAGCACUUCUAGAAACGCAGCGCAAUAA